AUGGAUGCGAACACGAUCGAGGAGCUGAACGAGGUCCGCAAGGCGAUGGGCCUCAAGCCCUUGCCUGUACCGAAUGCGGCCCCAGCACCGCCGAAACAGUCAAACAAGGACAGCACAGAGGAAGUUGCCAGCACCAUCGAGACACGUGAGGCCGCCGCAGGGGAAAACUAUAGAAAGGUUCUCGAAGCCGAGAAGGCCAAACGAGACCGCGAGGCAAAGAUAGCAGCCAUCAAGAAAGAGCGUGAUAGAGCCCAACGACUGGCCACCCUGACAGGCAAGGGCCUGGGCGACAUCGACGAUGAGGACGAUGGGGACGCAAAGUCAUGGCUCAAAAGCAUGAAGAAGAAGCAAAAGAAGAUUGCUGAGUCUAGGAGGCAGGAGGAAGAGGCAGACGCUGCAGCCGCGGCUGCGAGGAAGGCUGCUGGCUAUACUUCCAAGGAUCUCGCUGGUGUCAAGGUCGGCCAUGACAUGUCGACCCUCCUCGACGGCGACGACCAGAUUCUUACACUCAAGGAUAGCGCCGUCCUGGCCGAGGACGACGACGGCGAUGAGCUCGAGAACUUGAGCCUGCGGGAGCAAGAAAAGCUCGACGAAAGGCUCAACUUGAAAAAGAAGCGGCCUGUGUAUGAUCCCAACGACAUUGACGAGACAGGCGAGCGCAGCAUUCUUUCUCAAUACGAUGAAGAGAUUAACGGCAAGAAAAAGAAGGCUUUUAGUCUGGAUGGAAGAGGCACGAUUUCAGACCUUGCCGAUAUCCUUGAGGCUCCAGCGCAGCGGAAGAAAACGCUGCAGAACCUCGAUAUAGACAUCAUGCAAGACGCGCCAGUUUCCGACUAUCUCGACCCCUCGGAAAUCAAGAUCAAGAAGCCCAAGAAGAAGAAGAAGAAGUCAACACGCCAGCGGGAUGAAGAAGACGCAUUAUUCCCUGGAGAUCAGGUGCCAGCAGCCGACGAGUCCAUGGACAUUGACUCUGCGCCAAUCAUCAAGAAGCGAAAGAUUGUUGACGACACAUUCGUGGAUGAUGAAGAUUUACAAGCUUCUCUUUCCAUCCAACGCAGACAGGCCUUGAAGAAGCAAAAGCGCGUUCGGCCCGAGGAUCUAGCCAAACAGCUGAAAGCCGAGGCCGCACAGGACGCGGAGAACGACGAUCAAGAAGCAGAGACUGGAGGCCUUGUUCUUGACGAAACAUCCGAGUUCCUCAGCGCCAUCAAUAAGCCUGACACGGAUGAGGACGAGCGGCCGAGGAAGAAGUCCAAAUCUAGAGAACCCGUCACUGCAAUGGGUGACAAUGAUUCCGAUGAGGAGAUGGAGAAUGCGCCCCAAAUCAAGGACGAAUCUAUUGAGAGAGAUGUGUCUGCAGUGCCGGAAGAACUCGCAACGACCGGUGUGGACGAAGAAAAGUAUGUCGCACAAGGUCUGGGCGCAACACUAUCACUACUCAAGGAACGAAAAAUUAUCGAAGAAAACGACUCCGGCGCUGAAAAGAACGAGCACUUCCGCCGAAGAGAACUCUUCCUUGCGGAACAGGCAAGACUAGUUGCGCAAAUCGACGAGGACGCCAAGCGACAGCGCGAGCGAGAUCGAGCAAGUGGUCACCUGGACCGCAUGAAUGCCCGCGACAGAGAAGAGUACGCCCGCAGACAGAAUGCGGAGCGUGAGUUCAAAUUGUCGAACAUUAGGGCGAACCUGCUCAAGAAGCAUAAAUUCAACGUCGAGCUCAAGUACGUGGACGAACAAGGCCGUCAUCUCAACCAGAAGGAGGCCUUCAAGGAGCUGUCUCACCAGUUCCACGGCAAGACCAGCGGCAAAGGCAAGACAGACAAAAAGCUGUCCAAAAUCGAGCAGGAGAAGAGUCGCAUCGCCAAGAGCAUUUUCGAUGCCAGCGGGGAGGCGGGUAUAUCAUCUGCUACGGCUCAGCAGACGAAGAAGCGGAAAGAGGCUGGCGUGCGUCUGGCGUAA